UUUUAAUUACGGUGAAGUCUCUGUAGAUGGUCAGGGGCUUCUGUGUGUGGUGUUGGGAGCGAGGUGACAGGCUAAGAGGCGCAAGAGGAGGCUCUGUGCGCACUGAACCGGGGCGGUUUUGAGGGUCAGGGACAGACCCUUGCAGUGUACGUGCAGAGUGGGACCCGGUCGGUCGACUGUCGCCACUCCUUUCCGUCCAGAAGUUCCGAUGGCGGCGCCUGCGCUGAGGGACCAGGCUCAGGGCAGUGUGACCUUUGAGGAUGUUGCCGUGUACUUCUCCUGGGAGGAAUGGUGUCUUCUUGAUGAGGUUCAGAUACACCUGUACCUUGAUGUCAUGCUGGAGAACUUUGCACUUGUAUGCAUGCUGGGUUCUUGGCACCGGGUCGAGGAUGAAGAGACACCUUUUGAACAGAGCGUAUCUGCAGGAGUGUCACAGAUCAGGACUUCCAGUGCAGGUUCAUCUCCUGAGAAGGCCCAGCUCUGUAAGAUGUGCCUCCCAGUCUUGAGAGACAUUUUGCACUUGGCUGAAGAGCAAGGAACAAAUAGGGGGCAGAAAGCAUACACAUGUGGGGCAUGUGGGAAACAGUUCUAUUUCACUGCAAACCUUCAAGAGCACCAGAAGCAGCACAUUAGCGAGAAACCCUUCAGCUGUGAUAUGGGGAGACCCGCAUUUUUCAAAAGCUGCACAAUCCAUGCAACAGGGAAUCUCUCUACCUACAUGGAGAUUGGGAACAACUAUGUGGCCAAAAUUGGACUUCAGAAACAGGUUACUAAUACCAGGAAGAAACUGAACAACAGUAAGGUGUGUGAAGCUGUUUUUCACAGUGGAAAAUGUCAUCACAGCUGUGGAGAAGGCAACAAAUUCUCCAGCCACACAGAAAUACUUGUUCAGUCUGAGACAGUCCUCACUUGUGAAAGGUUUUGUGAAUGCAGCAACUGUGGGAAAGCCUGCACCCAAAGAAGUAACCAUAGUCAGCACCAGAAGGUUCACACUGGAGAAAGGCCUUAUGAAUGCAGCCAAUGUGGAAAAUUUUUUACCCACAAAUCUAGUUUCCUUACACAUCAGAGAGUUCACAGUGGGGAAAGGCCUUAUGAGUGCAGUGAAUGUGGAAAAUCUUUUACUACUAGGUCUGGCCUCUAUUAUCAUCUGCGAGUUCACACUGGAGAAAGGCCUUAUGAGUGCAAUGAAUGUGGGAAAUCUUUUAGUAAUAGGUCAAUCCUUUGUAAUCAUCAGAGAGUUCACAGUGGAGAAAAGCCUUUUGAGUGCAGUGAAUGUGGGAAAUUCUUUAGCCGAAAUGGACACCUCAGUGCCCAUAAGAAAGUUCAUACUGGAGAAAAGCCUUAUGAAUGCAAUAAAUGUGGAAAAUUUUUUACUGCUAAGACGAGCCUUCAUUACCAUCAGCGAAUUCACAGUGGAGAAAAGCCUUAUGAGUGUAGUCAAUGUGGGAAAUCUUUUACUACUAGCUCUGGUUUCUAUUAUCAUCAGAGAGUUCACAGUGGAGAAAGGCCUUAUGAGUGCAGUGAAUGUGGGAAAUCUUUUACUAGUAGUUCUGGUCUCUAUUAUCAUCAGAGAGUUCACAGUGGAGAAAGGCCUUAUGAGUGCAGUGAAUGUGGGAAAUCUUUUACUACUAGUUCUGCUCUCUAUUAUCAUCAGAGAGUUCACAGUGGAGAAAGGCCUUAUGAGUGCAGUGAAUGUGGGAAGUGUUUUACUGGUAGCUCGAGCCUUAAUCGUCAUCAGAGGGUUCACAGUGGAGAAAGGCCUUAUGAGUGCAUUGCAUGUGGGAAAUGUUUUAGUAUUAUAUCUGAUCUUUAUGUUCAUCAGAGAAUUCACACAGGGGAAAGGCCUUAUAAGUGCAAUGAAUGUGGGAAAUGUUUUACUGAUACGUCAAGCCUUCGUCGUCAUCAGAGAAUCCACACCGGAGAGAAGCCUUAUGCAUGCAAGAAAUGUGCUAAAUCUUUUCUCCAAAGGUCCAGCUUCAUUCAACAUCUGAGAGUUCACACUGGAGAAAAGCAUUAUGAAUGCAGUGAAUGUGGAAAAUCUUUUAGCAAAAAGUCCAAUUUCCUUCAACAUAAGAGAGUUCAUACUGGAGAAAGGCCUUAUGAGUGCAGUGAAUGUGGGAAAUCCUUUAUCCAUAGAUGUCAACUUUUUAUACACCAGAGAGUUCACACAGGAGAAAGGCCUUAUGAGUGCAGUGAAUGUGGGAAAUCCUUUAUUCAUAGAUGUCAACUUCUUAUACACCAGAGAGUUCACACAGGAGAAAGGCCUUAUGAGUGCAAUGAAUGUGGGAAAUCUUUUACAGUUAGGUCUGUCCUGCAAAAUCAUCAGAGAAUUCAUACUGGAGAGAGGCCUUAUGAGUGCAGCCAAUGUGAGAAAUCCUUUAUCCAUAGAUGUCAACUUCUUAUACACCAGAGAGUUCACACAGGAGAAAGACCUUAUGAGUGCAGCGAAUGUGGGAAAUCUUUUACAGCUAGGUCUGCCCUCCAAAAUCAUCAGAGAAUUCAUACUGGAGAGAGGCCUUAUGAGUGCAGCCAAUGUGGGAAAUCCUUUAUCCAUAGAUGUCAACUUCUUAUACACCAGAGAGUUCACACAGGGGAAAGGCCUUAUGAGUGCAGCCAAUGUGGGAAAUCUUUUACAGCUAGGUCUGGCCUCCAAAAUCAUCAGAGAAUUCAUACUGGAGAAAGACCUUAUGAAUGCAGCCAAUGUGGGAAAUCCUUUAUUCAUAGAUGUCAACUUCUUAUACACCAGAGAGUUCACACUGGAGAAAGGCCUUAUGAGUGCAAUGAAUGCGGGAAAUCUUUUACAGCUAGGUCUGCCCUCCAAAAUCAUCAGAGAGUUCACACAGGAGAAAGGCCUUAUGAGUGCAGUGAAUGUGGAAAAUCCUUUAUUCAUAGAUGUCACCUUCUUAUACACCAGAGAGUUCACACAGGAGAAAGGCCUUAUGAGUGCAGUGAAUGUGGGAAAUCCUUUAUUCAUAGAUGUCAACUUCUUAUACACCAGAGAGUUCACACAGGAGAAAGGCCUUAUGAGUGCAGCCAAUGUGGAAAAUCUUUUACAGCUAGGUCUGGCCUCCAAAAUCAUCAGAGAAUUCAUACUGGAGAAAGGCCUUAUGAGUGCAGCCAAUGUGGAAAAUCCUUUAUCCAUAGAUGUCAACUUCUUAUACACCAGAGAGUUCACACAGGAGAAAGGCCUUAUGUGUGCAGUGAAUGUGGGAAAUCUUUUAUUCAUAGAUGUCAACUUCUUAUACACCAGAGAGUUCACACAGGAGAAAGGCCUUAUGUGUGCAGUGAAUGUGGGAAGUCCUUUAUUCAUAGAUGUCAACUUCUUAUACACCAGAGAGUUCACACAGGAGAAAGGCCUUAUGAGUGCAGCCAAUGUGGGAAAUCGUUUACUGCUAGGUCUGGCCUCCGAAAUCAUCAGAGAGUUCAUACUGGAGAAAGACCUUAUGAGUGCAGUGAAUGUGGGAAAUUGUUUAUUGUUAUUUCUGGCCUUAUUAAACAUCAGAGAGUUCACACAGGAGAAAGGCCUUAUGAGUGUAAUGAAUGUGGGAAAUCUUUCACUGCGAGAGCUGGCCUCCAAAAUCAUCAGAGAAUUCACACGGGAGAAAGGCCUUAUGAGUGUAAGGAAUGUGGGAAAUCUUUUACUGCGAGAUCUGGCCUCCAAAAUCAUCAGAGAGUUCACACAGGAGAAAGGCCUUAUGAGUGUAUGGAAUGUAGGAAAUCUUUUACUUCUAGGUCUGGCCUCCGAAAUCAUCAGAGUGUUCAUACUGGAGAAAGGCCUUAUGAGUGCAGUGAAUGUGGAAAAUCUUUUAGCCAAAGACAAAUCCUCAGUACCCAUAGGAAAAUCCAUACUGGAGAAAGGCCUCAUGAGUGCAAAGAAUGUGGUAAAUCUUUUAUCCAAAAGUGCAGCUUAAUUCAUCAUCAGAGAGUUCACCGUGGAGAAAACGCCCUAUGAAUGCAGCCGAUAAGGAUGCCACUGGGGUUUGGAGGAGUUUGACAUGGUAACAGAAUGGGAGGAACAGGUGCAGUCAUCGUGCAACAGAUGGACAAUUUCUAGAGCAGAAACUCAGGGUGAGAGAAGGGGUGUGAUCUGCUUGUGAACUCCCAGCAAUGGACAGGGAUUUAGGAUACAGUGCUAGGUUGACUGGUUCAGGCCAUGAGGAGUCUGGUCACAGCACUCCUCUUUCACUCCCUACCCUGCUUUGGGGACUCAAAGAACACUUUGUCCAUUCGGACACCCUCUUGUCACCCCCACACAGACACAAAGAGGCCUGCUUAGGACACCCCCUCCUCCCCACAUGUGACUUGACAGGACUGUCGUUUCACUGGGAACAAAUAUUGAUGGCUUUCCUAUGAAUGAUCCAACUUAUGUACCCAAUAAUGAUCUGGUCCUGCUAACUCCAUACCACAGGUUUUCAGUGGAUGUGGGGCAGCCAAAUUCGAGGAACAGACUCUACCUUGGGAUGUGGAUGUGACCCAGUCCCAGGAGAGAGAAGACUAAUCAAUAUAGAAUGCCACAUUAACAGAAGGAAGGAUGAAAAAUAACAUGAUCAUCUCAGUAGACAGAGAAGAAGCAUUUGACAAAAUUCAGCAUCCAUUCAUGAUGAAAACCCAUACAGGUGGGUAUAGAGGGAACAUAUCUCAAUAAAGGCCAUUUAUGACAAACCCACAGCAAACAUCAUACUGGUGGAAAGCUGAAAGGCUUUUUCCUAAAUUCAGGAAGAAGAGAAGGAUGCCCACUCCCCAAACUUCUAUCUCACAUAGUAUUGGAAGUCCUAGCCCCAGCAAUCAGACAAGCAAAAGCAUCCAAAUUGGAAGGUAAGAGGUAAAACAGUAUUUUCAGAUAACAUGAUACUUUAUAUAGAAAACCCUAGUGUCCACCUCAAAACUUUUAGAACUAAUUAAAGAAUUCAGUAAAGCUAUAGGAUAUAGUACAAAUAUACAGACAUCUGUUGCAUUUCUAUACACUAAUAAUGAACUAUCAGAAAAAGUAAAAAAAUAAAAUUGCUUCAGAUUGCAUCAGAAAGAAUAAAAUACCUAGUAGCAAAUUAACUGAGGGCUUGAAAGACAUAUAUUCAAUAAACUAUAAAACAUUGAUGAAGAUUGAAGAUAAAGAAGUGGAAAGAUAUCCUGUGCUCUUGCAUUGGAAGAAUUAAGAUUGUUACAAUGACAAUACUAUGCAAAGCAAUCGUGAAAUGGACAGAAGACAUAAUGGAGUUAGAAAAACUAUCCGAAGUGAUGCAAAUGAAGAACACACGUGUAUUGUCAUAUGUGUUCAGUGUCUCAAGAAAUAUAGCAGCAAUCUUGUGAGUAAGGCAUAUUCUAGUAAAUGGGAUAUAUUCAUGUCCAAGACAUAAAAAGGAGUCAGUUCUUAUGGAAGCAAUAUUGUAGUUGAUGGAAACUGCACCUAGGUAAUUAGAUUUCAUGGAAUAUUAGAAUGAGAUGUUCCUAUAAAAGGGAGAAAAAGAGCAAGUUACAGUUGAGGAAAAACGGGGGUUUGGGAUGGGUUGAAAGAGUAAAUAGAGUGUCCAGAGUAGGACUUUAGUGAAGGUGGACAGUUGUGGAAAUACUGUGUUAAGGACAGCUUGCUUUCCUCUUUUCCAAUUUUUACAUGUUCAUUUUCUUUACUGUAUUAGAGAGGACCUCUGGCAUAUUAGGGAAUACCAGUGUAAGGCAGUGAACUGCCAUCCUACUGAUCUCAAGCAUCCUAUUUUUGUCCUUUAUAUCUAGUCUUUUCAGUCCAGAACCAUAUAAAGUCGCACAAAUUACAUUUAUUUCUCACCUCUCUUUAAUGUCCAUUCUGACACAAUCUCUCUGAUUUCCUUCAAGUUGUUUUCCCUUGGUAUCUUUUAUACAAUACAUGACAAUUUGUAAAAUUUCCCUCACUUGGUAUACAGUAAGAUAUCCUUAUAAAUAGAUUCAGAUUAUGUGGUUUAUUGUUUUUAUUGUUGCUGUUUUGCUCCCAUCCAAGAUAAUACAAAAGUGCUGCCUUGUCCUUUUCAGUGUACCAUAUCAGGAAACAAGAUGUCUGUUUUCCCAGUAUUGGCAGUGUUUCCUUUGAUCACUUCUUUAUGGUGAUAUGCUUUGGAUUUUAUUCCUAUUACUCUGGGAGGCUGAAGAAGGGGUGUAGCAAGACACUGUGAUCAUCUAUUUGUUUCUAAAUCUCUCUGGCUUCUGUGUGGAGAGUGAACUUAGGGGGGAAGAACUGAUGUAGGAGAGAGGACAGAAUCCUUUGUGUAGUUGGGAGCCCUUUGAUGAUGGACCAGCCCAGGAUGGUGGCAUUGGAGAUGGUGAGGACAGGAUGACCUGGGACACAUUAGGAGGCAGAGUUGGCAGGACGUGUGCAUAAUUGAGAUGAUGGGGUGAGUCUCAGAGAAUGAUUUUUUUCCCUUCAGUCCUCAAGAGCGAGCCAUUGCAUUUGUGGGCCCGAGAGGCUUACCUUGUUUUCUUAGAUUUCUGAAUCAGCUGUCAGCUAUGUUGAGUAACUGCAGCCACAGUUUCCAAUACCUGGGACAUAAAAUAGGCAGGACUGCUCCCUGACAGUUAUUUGGGUAGAUGAGUUUUGUGUGGCCUUGCUUUCCUUGGGCCUGCCAGGGUUAGAUGAGGCUGGAUAGGAAGACUUGUGUGGUGGUGGUGUCUAUCUGUAAUAUCUGUAGCUGUAUGUGUUUGAGCCUGCCAGGGAACAUUAGCUAUUCUUUGAAUAGAAAUUCAAAACUUGCCCUCGAACUUCACUUGAUGAAAAUUAAAUCCCUUGUUAAGGAAGUUUAGGGUCAUCCAAAAGUACUGACAGCUACUUUGAAUAUUUAUUUCAAGCCAUUUAAUGUAAUUGUUGAUAUAUUUGGGUUGAAAUAUAUCCUUUUAUUUUGUGUAUUUCUUACCUUGCCCUUUGUUCUUUAUCUUGGCCUUUAAAAAUUUUUUAACCCUCUAUUUAUUAGUUAUUUGUAAUUCAAUUUUCUUUACUUCUAGCUUUGAAAAUGUAUACCUUUAUUCUAUUUAUUGUUUAAGCCCCAAAUCACUUAUUUAACACAUUAGAGCAUAAAGUUAUAAAUACAUUUUUUUCUUCAUUCUGUGUAUUAUAAGGGGUUUAAAACAUUAAUUUUUCCCAUAGGAAUAUAUGUUUUUCAAGGUAUGCAUAGGGAUUCUGUCAUUCUAAAUCUGUAAGGAAAUAUUACUCAUGCUUUACACAAUUGGUGACAUGUAUGUCAAUCAACACAUGCAUUUCUCUCUUCAGUUAUCAUUCCUUUUG